AUGUCAAUGUCCAGUCCUUCCAUUAUCUUUCAUCAGGGCUUACGAUGUACUAAAGUCCCGCGAAGGUCAGCCGCGGCUGUAUCGCCUUCCAUCAAUCUCUCCACCUCGACUUCCUCCCCGAUAACUACCACUUCGACCGACGGACCAAACUUAACUACAGAUCCAUCACCAGACGUUGAGACCUCCCCAUUCAAUGACCCUACUACGUUAAGCACAUCGCAAGCAACGGCGUCGCAAUCGAGUACAGAAACGCCUAACACGAUACCAACGCAUCUACCACCUGUCAGCUCUUUCGUCAUCACCACUACAGUUAGUGAUUCGUAUCCUUCAAGUACUGAGGGUAUUACGAAGACAUACAGUCUAGUAUCAUCCUAUGAUGCCGGUUAUUCAACGCUGGAGCCAAUUGCGUCAAGCAUACAUAGCAGUUUCUCGAGCUCGAGCUCCACAGAGGCUAUCCUAAGGCAUACCUCCCGUACGAGAGGGCCUUCAACGGCGACUACCUCAACGGCAACGGGAGAUGUCCUUCCCAAAAACAACUCGGAUCAUGGAAGUUCACUUUCGUCUCCAGACAAUGGAUCACGUGCCUCGCUCCGCACUCUACUUGGCAGCGUACUCGGUGCGAUGGGCUUCAUUGCAGCUGUUUUUCUGAUCUGCUUACUGUUAUUCAGACACAGGCGGAGGAGAUCAGGCGGAGACCAAUGCUUUGGAGGGAAUGAAAAGCUUCUAAGAGCCGACCGACAAUCGGCAGAUUCCUCGGCUGGCUUACAGUACGGAUACGUUUCUGGAGGGUCUAUGCGCUCGCAAUACAAAUAUGCACCAGAAGCUCGGAUGAGCGCCUACUACCAGGAUGAUAGCAAUCGAGCAUCAGCGUGCUAUUCGGAUCCUUUUUCAGAUUCCGCAGAGAUGCAUGGAAGAUUGCGAAACGACAUGCUUGGAAUAGAAGAUACAACUCAGUCUCUAUUCAUGGACCAAAAAUAUGACCAAAAGCCGGUUAUUCCAGGGGAGAAUCUACCGCUUCGAACAUUUUCCGAUAGCAUUUUACCAACUGUCCAUGCGGGGCGAAGACGGUCCGAAUUACCCUUGAGCUCAGAGCACGGAUCUAUUUAUAGCAGUGAUCGUAGCUUGGGCAGCACUCUCAUUCUUCCUGGGCGAAGUAGUCUAGGGAGCAGCUUGCAGAGAUUCAGCUACCGGGUUUCGGCGGCAGAACUUGAACCAUGCGGUGCAAACGAACUGGUGACUAAAAUUAGCCCGCGCAGUACACGGAGUGAUCCGUUUGAUCUGGAAGUUCCAGCGAGGGCGGUACACCCAAUUGGUUCAGCGACGCAGCUAAGACCGUAG